AUGUCCUCCAGCAUCCACGCCAAAUCCGCCGUCCAGAACACCGCCACCGACCUCCCGCCGUCGCGCGACCGCAAGGGCCUGCGCUCCGUCUCCCCGCCGCUCUCCAACGUCCCCAUCUCGCGCUUCAACUACCUCCUCGCCCUCCUCGCCACUGUCGUCGCCGCAUUCUACGUCUGGCGCCUCAUGCAGUGGAAAGCCGAGGUCGGUGGCUGGUGGAACCUCGCCCUCGGCAAGCGGCCCCCGCAAUUGCGCAACCGCGACGCGAACACGGGCGCGCAGUGGGCAAACGCCGGCGCUCACGCGCAGAGCUUUGCAAAGGACGGUGGAGAUGGGGAGGUGGAGAGGAGGAUCGAGGAGCUGGCGGUUGCGCUGGGCAUCCCGAGCAAGGAUCUCGCGAACGCGAUUGCGGGCGCGGUGAGAGACUUCGUUCCUCCCGCUAGCCUGUCUUCGAUUGCCGCACACGAAACUGGCGAGGCUGUGGAGUACAUGGUCGACCCCUCCGGCGCGUCCGCCUCGGAGGCGCAGAGCGCGCCUGGGGCGACAGCGAGCCGCGGGUUCAGGGUGAUGGAGAACGCAUUCCAGGCAGCCGUAGGGAUGGAUGAGCCUCCAACAGAGGUGUAA